CAUAAUAAUAACAAAAGCGUCGCGGCUAACUAUUGUUAUCAAAUAUCGCGUAGUCAUAUUUUAAUUAAAUGCUUCGUGUAUCUUAAGUGCAAUAUGUAAAAUAUAAAUAAUAACUUACUUUAUAGAAGAAUUUGAUUAAAAUGGGCGAUAUUAGAGCCGGUCUUGAGGAAUUAAAACUCGACGGUGCUCUGUUUGCCAAUGUCAAAUACUACGUCAGUGGUGAAGGAGAUCCUAAAAUCUUAAACUUAUUGCAAGAAGGUGGAGCUGAGAGAUCCAACUAUCUCAGUGAUUUUGUAACGCACUUAAUUGCUGGCUAUGAUGCCCUUGAAAAUGAUAUAUCUGUGGCCAAGGAUCUUUAUGAAAUACCAGCGGUUACACAGAAUUGGAUUCUAUUAUCUGUUAAAUGUAACAAACUUUUACCAACACGUUAUUUUUCCCCAGAAGAGAAUCAAUUAUUUUCCAAUGUACGAGCAUGCAUAUCCCAAAUAAGUCGGGCAGACAGUAAAAUACUUUGGGCAAUAAUAACUUUACAAGGUGGCAAAUGCCAGUUACGUUUAGAUAGAUAUUGUACGCAUUUGAUAACUGGAAAACCUUCUGGAUUGAAGUAUGAUGCUGCAAUGAGACAUCAUAUUCACAUUGUUACUCCUGAUUGGGUGACUGAAUGUUAUAAAAAGGUUGCCCUUGUUAACGAGAUAGAGUAUCAUCCAAGAUUGCUUAUUUAUCCAUCCCCAAAUACUUCAACAGCAAUGAUUACUGGGUUCAUGGAUGAAGAUACUGAGAAUAGCGCUGCUCAAGAAGAACAGGACAGAACAAAGGCAGUAUUGGAACAAUUAAAACAACGUAUGCCUUGGAAUCAACCAAGUCCACCUGUAUCUUCUAAUGUGUUACAAGUGCACAACAAUGCUAAUCAUACUGCAACGACUGCGACAUAUCCGAAUAAUGGGCAAAAUGCAAUUAGUUUGCAGCAACAGCAGCAGCCUCAGCAGCAGCCUCAGCAACAACAACAGCAACAACAUCUUUCACGUUCUGUUCCUUCCACAAGCUUAUCUAAUGCACCUCCGAAUGUUCCUUCUAUGUCAGAUCAAAAUAUUAUCAAUCAAACUAAUUGGAUGCCUCAAGCUUCCCAAGCGAAUAAUAUUUCCCAAACAAAAGGGAUCUCGCCACAAAUGCAACAAGAUUUGGCUCCACAACAGCAACAACAAAUAAAUAUGCAACAUCAAAUGAUACAGCAACAACAUCAGCAACAGAUGCAACAAACAUACACACAGCAAACACUUUUGAAUCAAACCCAACCUCCUCCACAAUUACCACCUCAACAACAACAAUUAAACCAGCAAACAUUAAUUCAACAACAACAACAACAGCCAAUAAAUUCACAGUUAUCUCAGCAUCAGCAUACACCUCAGCAGCCAUUGUUGGUUCAGCAAAAACAAAUGAAUCAACAUCAGUUGCUGUCGCAGCAGCAACAGCAACAACAGCAGCAGCAACAACAACAGCAGCAACAACAACAACAACAACAACAACAACAGCAACAGCAGCAGCAACAACAACAGCAACAACAGCUUUCUUCUCAGCAAGCACAGCAGCAACAGCAACAUUUGCCUCAACAGCCACAGCAAAUUCCUGUGCAGCAACAAUCGCAACAGCUGCAAUUAACGUCUCAGCAACAACAAAUUGUUUUGCAACAGUUGCCUUCUCAGCAGCAACUUAGCACACAACAUCAACUGAAUCAACAACAACCGGGACCACCUCAACAAAUGACAACUGAUCAAAGACAACAACUUAUUAUAUUACAACAACAGCAGCAACAACAAAAAAUACAUCAAAUAUCACAACAGUUACAACAAUCUGCACCUCAAAGUUCGCAACAAUUUGUUAUAAGAGAUGGCCAAUUACAACAACAACCACAGAAUCAACAAUUAAUAGGCCCAAAUCAACAAGGUUUUAUAGUUCAAAGAGAUGCACAAUGGCAACAGCAACAGCAACAAUAUCACUUGCAGUUGCAAAGACAACAACAACAACAGCAAAUUGGUCCACAAAGACCUGGAGGACAGUGGGCUCAGCAACCACCUCAACAACCUAGACAAUUGAUUCAGCUAGAUGCUGAAACGCACCAGCAAUUGCAACAAAUGGAUCCUCAGCAAAGAGCGCAAUUUAUUCAAAAGAUUCAAAAGCAACGAAAUUUAUUAUAUCAAAGACAAAUACAAAACCGUCAGGCCCAACAAGGCCCGCAUAUAGCUGUUAUAAGAAGUCCUGGGAAACCAGGACAACCGGGCGGUUUACAAUGGAUUCAACAGCCACGUCCACAAAUGAUGAGACCACAAAUAGCACAACCACCAGGACAGAAGCCUGUGCAUCCAGGCGUACAACCUCCUGCUUUAACACCUAUCAAUUCUUCUAAUCAAGUCAUAGUACAGGCUGGACAAAAUAUACAAGCAGCUCCGCCUGCUCAAGCAGGACAAGCAUUUCAACCGAAUCAAACCUUAACGCCUCAGCAAAUAGCGCAACUGCAUUUGCAAAAACAACAAAUAGUGAGACUACAACAUUUGCAACAAUUGCAACAGCAGCAACAACAACAGCAGCAACAACAACAACAGCAGCAGCAGCAACAACAGCAACAGCAGCAACAGCAACAACAACCACAGGGAGCUCAGCAAGAACCACCAUUAACGCCUUUAACUAAUAAUACACAAAUUUCUCCAGAUCAACAGCUUGUUAAUGCUAAAACUAAGACUGCUUUAGCAAAUAUGUUAACCAAUAGAUUACAAGGUGGUGCAGCAGAAGGUAGCGCUGCUGGCCAGUUACGAUUGAUGACUGCACAACAUAGACCACCGCCUCCGCCUUCUCAAGAUCCACAACUAUUAGCAGCAUAUCAAAGAAGAACCUUAGGGAACAUAACGAAUGGUGCACCAGCUGGUGCUCCCAUGAAAAUGCAAUAUGCUCCUGUUAUGCAACAACCUAAAGCUCAAUUUUAUGGGCAUAAUCCAAAUUUAAAACUUCCACCAAAUUUAUUUUUAUUGGGUUGUAUUUUUGUAAUCGUCGAAUACGACGUUCAACGUCCAAAUGAAGUAUUAGUUUGGAAACAAGUGAUUGAAAAAUAUGGAGGAGAAGUAGAACCGCAAUAUUGUGGUCGUGCUACACACGUUUUAGCAAUUACACAAAAGCAUCCAACAGUGGUACAAGCAUUACGCGAAGGAAGACGUUGCGUUAGUGCUUAUUGGCUAUCUGAUGUUGUUAACAAGCAACAAGUACUACCUCCAUGGCAUGCAUUGCAUUUUCCAACUCCUUAUGGUUUAAACGAACUUCCGUGCACUAAACAAAUUGUAUCGUUAUCCGGAUUUGAAGGAGAGGAACGAACUAAAGUUAAAUAUAUGUUGGAAGCGUUAGGUGCCAAACUUACGAGUUACUUUUCCAGACAUAAUACAUUACUCGUAUGUAAAAGACCAGACGGACAAAAGUAUAAAAAGGCACGCGAAUGGCAAACCGCAGUAGUAAAUGCACAAUGGUUAACAGAUUUUCUCUGUGGGGUGAUCGGUACGUCGCAUCAAUUGGAUGCUCCUAAAUACCAACAAUUUAGUCUUGGUAAUCCAUUUAGAUUGGAUUAUUCAUUAGUUCCACACAUUAUGGCUGCAUGGAAAGUACCGAUUAAUAUCACCCAAGAAUCUUACGACAAAGUCCAACAAGUUGGACAGGGUCCAAAUUCUAUAAGAAAGUCUAAAAAGCCGCGUUUGGAUGUAUCUCAAUUAAACAAGGAUCCACAUCUGUUAGGUUUAGACGAACCGAUAGUUGUUAGUAAUCCAGAUCCUCCUCCACCAGAUAAACAACCCAAGAUAUUAUUUUCUGGUAUUAAUCCUAGAAAACACGCCAAGAGAAUUCGAGAAUUGGGAGGUGCUCUAGCAGCAACCUGGCAAGAUGCGACUCAUCUUGUAAUGUCCGCACCGAUACGUACGGUCAAACUAUUGUGUUGCCUUUCAAGAUGUAAAUUUAUUGUUACCCUACAAUGGUUACUCGAUUGUUCGGCAAAAAAUACUUUCUUGGACGAGAGUGGAUAUCUUCUUGGGGAUGUAGAAUUUGAAAAUAAUUUUAAUUGUAAUAUAGAAAAGGUCUUGGCAAGUCCUAAUCGGGGUACAGUACUUAAGGGAAAGAUAUUUUACGUGACACCUAGUGUUAUCCCAUCUCCAUCAGCUAUAUCAGAAAUAAUUGAAAGCGCGGGUGGUGUAAUGGAGAAAACAAGAAGAUCUCUUACCCAAAUACAAGAUAUGAACAGUACCAAAUUAAAUUACAUUAUUGUAACUCAUGAAAAUGAUCUUCAUCUUCUUACCGAUGUUUUACAAGCUAAUAUCAGCGUGUUCAGUGCAGAAAUUGUCUUAGGAGCAGUCGCAAGACAAUACUUCCAAUGGCGAAUGUACGAGUCUAUAGAAUAUGUUGAACAUCUAAAUGCUUACAAUUUAUAUCUGGAAGUUAUAUAA